AUGCGCACUUCAGUCAUUGCUCUUGCGGCUCUCGGCGCUGCUACCGCCAGUGCUUCGUUUGUCUAUCCUGAUGCUGUUCCUCUCCACCGGCGUCAGGGGCCAGGUACUCCGGAAUACGAGUGCCAUGCCAACUGCGGCGGUGUGAUUGUGGACGGUCGCCAGGAAAACUACUGCACUUCCGAAGACUACAAGACCAAGCUCGCUGCGUGUCUCGAUUGCGCGCUCCCGUAUGACAUCUGGCAAUACUACGGCACCAGCGUGACAAAGGCCGCGCAGGCUUGCGGUGAUGAUGCAACUCCGCACCCAGGCACGGCGAGCAGCAGCAGCAGUGAAGCUCCAGCCCCGACAUCAAGCGCCGCUCCAAGUUCAAACGUCGCUCCCACUUCAAGCGCUCCAGGGUCCUCCGCUGCUACGCACAAUGACGCUGCAUCCUCCUCUGCAUCAUCUCAGGGGGCCGCGACCACCGCUGCUACAUCAUCUGCUACUGGCUGGGACACUGCUACCAAGCCGACCGGAAGCUCGACUGCUUCUGGCACAGCUCCCGUCGCAACAUAUACCGGUGCUGCGGCCCAAGUUAUUAUGUCCGGACUCCUGGCUGUCCUUCCUGCCGGAGCCAUGGCUGCGGGCUUGGCUUAA